CCGGGGCCGGCGAGGCGAGCGCAGGCCUGCCGAGGCGCCGCUCCUCCCGCUGAGGACCGCAAGAGGUUUCCAGAGACUUGAUUACAUCGGCUGUUCUAGAGAGCGCCCGAUGGUGUGGCUAGUAGCUCGGUGUGGCUAGUAGCUCGGUGUGGCUAGUAGCUCGGUGUGGCUAGUAGCUCGGGGGCAGCACAGGUCUGGUGACCGCAGACCUGUGGCCACCACUGUCCUCUGUCCCGGGCACCAUGACGCGGGAGGAGCCGGGCCGGGAGGAGCUGGCUUACGACCGGACCCCCACCCUGGAGCGCGGCCGGCCGGACACGGGGGUCUACGUGCCAGCCCCCAAGCCCAGUGACCUUCAGCUGUCCACGCGGCUGCCCCGCUGCCUCGGCCACAGGACCUGGGUCUUCUCCGUGCUGAUGGGGAGCUGCCUGCUGGUGACCUCGGGGUUCUCACUCUACCUGGGGAACGUGUUUCCUUCGGAGAUGGAUUACCUGCGCUGCGCGGCCGGCUCCGUAAGGGCGGUGGGGCGCCUCUGUGACUCUGGCCUCAAACAGCGUCUCGUGAGGGACUGCUGGCGCUCAGGCUCCGGCCGCCGGAGGACGCUCGCUGUCCCUGCCGCCGGCGCACCCGUCCAAACUGGAGGGGCAGCCAGUGGCCCCAGGGCCAACCCGGCCGGGGGCCUCGUUUCCACUCUCUGUGCGACCCCCACCCCCGCUCAGCCCCGCAGACGCCCUCUGCUGCCCGGGCCCUGGCGCCUACCCACCAGGCCCGGGGCGCCUCCCACCGCCCUGUGCGAGGAGGCCAGGCAGUCUGUGUCACCUGCCCUGGCCGGGUCACGUCCCCAACGCCUGCAGACGCAAGCAGACGCCCUGUGCCCACGGAGCAACCGGUCUCGCUGCUCCGGCGCCGCGCCUGGGCUCUGGCACCCCAGCUCCUGCGCACCCCGCGUGGCAGGCGGCAGGCAGGCGGCCCUCUGGGUGCGGUCAGCUGGGGAGGAGAGCGGGCUGCUGCAGGCCGGGAUGGAGCCGGGAGAGGACCAGGGCCUCCUGGGCACUGCCCCGUGCUCACCCGAGGGAUCCCGCAGAGAAGAGAAGAGUGGGUAUCCCCUGGGGGCCCAGGGCUCCACAGGCGGGGGCAGGGCUGCCGCCCAGCUGCCCGUGUGGGGGCUCCUUGGCGGCACAGUCCUUGGGUCCAGGCCCCCGCACCCUGCCUUCCAGGCCCUGCAACUCCUGGUGGGGGUGCUGGGCUGCAUGUCCCCAGAACUGAGGCGAGGAGUUUCCCAAGACUUGACGCCAUCCCCCAAAUUAGACAGAUACAAAAUAGCCAAGCAGUUAACGGAGAAAGCCGUCAAGGAAAAGAAGAUCUUCUCCAUCUACGGCCACUACCCCGUGAUCCGGGCCGCCCUGCGGAGGAAGGGCUGGGUGGAGAGGAAGUUCCACUCCCUGCCCAGGGCCGGCCUGGGCGCCGAGGACGCGGGCGCAGCGGGGCGCAGCACCCAGCAGAGCACCCUGAAGUCAGUGUGGCCUCAGAUGCUGCGCUCCCCCAGGCGCUGUCGGGCCGGCCAGGCCUCACCGCCACACCCUGACCUCCCAGGGCUGUUUGCAGAGAGCAAGUGCACUGAAGUCAGAGACGCCGGAGAAGCGGCCUUGGACUGCACAGAGGACAUCCACGAAGUGAUGGCCUGUUCUCGCCAGUCCAGGCUGGUCAGGAACGAGACGCCCUACUUCCUCUGGACCAUCAAGAGGGACGUCGUGGACUACCACAGCCUGAGCGGCGAGCAGGUGCUCAACCACUACGGCAGGACCGCCUCCUUCACCACCAAGAUCGGGCUGUGCGUGAACAUGCGGACCCUGCCGUGGUACGUCCAGGCCAACCCUGACGCCUUCUUCCCGCGCUGCUACGGGCUGCGCACGGACAGCGAGAAGCAGGAGUUCCUGGGUGAGGACGCCCCAGCGCCCUGCCUGGUGUGCCGCAGCCCGCUGCCGCCCGCCCGGCCCUGCAAGCGCUGCUGCUCCUUCUGCGCCUCCGUCCUGCAGGGCGUGUCGUUCGUGCCCCUCGGCGGCCCCCGGACAACCUGA